AUGGCGCCCCCGGCGAUCAGGCAGCCGACGUACAGGAUCCUCUGCAAGGCCGGUGAGGAAAGCUUCAGCCUCGCCGCCAGGGACGGCAAGGUCUGCCUCGUCCGCACCGAUCGCGAUGACGACACGCAGCACUGGAUCAAGGACAUGAAGUACAGCAUAAGGGUGAAGGAUGAGGAAGGCUACUCUGCCAUGGCACUCGUCAACAAGGCCAGCGGAGAGGCGCUCAAGCACUCCCUCGGCCAAUCUCACCCUGUUCUUCUGACCAGGUACAAUCCAAACACCCUGGAUGAAUCGGUCCUCUGGACCGAGAGCAGGGACGUCGGAGAAGGCUACCGCUGCAUCAGGAUGGUGAACAACAUCUACUUGAACUUUGAUGCACUCCAUGGCGACAAGGACCAUGGCGGUGUGCGCGAUGGAACCACCCUCAUUCUGUGGGAGUGGACUGAGGGCGACAACCAGCGCUGGAAGAUCGUUGCCUGGUGUAAGUUCUUCUACUCUAUCUCCUGCGCUUGCCAUGUACUGUAUUAA